CAAAGAUUAAUGAGUUGCUGCAUGCUAAAUGCCACAUAAGUUAGUAGUAUAAAUAGAGUGCAAUGUAAGCCUCUAUGUACAAAUAUCUCUUAUAUGAAUUAAUAGCAUUUUUACCAAAAUAUAUAUGUGAGUGACUUGUAAGCUAGAAGAAGAUGAUGAUAGGAGAUGUUACUCAGUUUGGGUCUAUUAUGGGCCUAUUUAUGUUAGUUUGGGCAGUUGUCAGGCAAAUGUUUCCUGAAGAAUUUAGAAGGGUUGUAAGAAAAUAUAUUGAUAAAGUUGUAAGCUAUGUGUACCCUUACAUCGAAAUCACUUUUCAUGAAUACCAAGUAGAUAGUUGGUUCGAGAGAAGCAAAGCGUUUGCUUCUAUCGAACGCUACCUUAGUACCAACUCCUCCAAGAAAGCUAAGAAGCUCAAAGCAAAAGUGGUCAAGGACUGCGAAAACGUGGUUUUGAGCAUGGACGACUAUCAAGAAGUCACGGAUGAGUUCAAUGGUAUCCAAAUAUGGUGGACUUCGAGCAAAAAGAUCCCUCGACAACAAUCUCUUUAUUCUUUUCGUGGUGAUGAAGAGAAUAGGUUCUACAGGCUCACUUGUAGACGGGAACACCGUGAUAUCAUUACUAAUGUUUACUUAAAACAUGUGCUUGAUGAAGGGAAGGCAAUUGAGGUACGAACAAGGCAACGAAAGCUUUAUACGAAUAACAAGAGUGAAAAUUGGCGUGGUUACGGGAGGACUAUGUGGAGUUCUAUUGUAUUUGAGCACCCUUCUACCUUUGAUACUCUUGCAAUGGACCCGAAAAAGAAAAAAGAUAUCUUGAAUGAUCUUAUCAAAUUUAGCAAAUCGAAAGACUACUACAAGAAGGUGGGUAAAUCGUGGAAGCGUGGAUAUCUUCUUUAUGGUCCACCAGGAACCGGGAAGUCUAGUAUGAUUGCUGCAAUGGCUAACCUUCUAGAGUAUGAUAUCUAUGAUCUUGAAUUGACUUCUGUGAAAGAUAACACGGAUUUGAGGAAGCUACUCAUUGAGACAUCAAGUAAGUCGAUUAUUGUGAUAGAGGAUAUCGAUUGCUCACUUGAUUUAACAGGGCAAAGAAAAAAGAAAAAAGCAGACAAGGAAGAGGAGGAAAUGGACCCGGUUCAAAAGAUGGAAAAGGAACUAAAGGGUGAGAAGAAGGAAAAGGGAAGUGAAGUGACUUUGUCUGGGCUAUUGAAUUUUAUUGAUGGGUUAUGGUCAGCUUGUGGUAGUGAAAGAUUAAUCAUUUUCACGACGAACUACGUUGAGAAACUUGAUCCUGCUCUUAUAAGGAGAGGAAGAAUGGAUAAGCAUAUCGAGUUGUCAUAUUGUAGUUUUGAAACGUUUAAGGUUCUCGCAAAGAACUACCUGGAUGUUGAAACACACGAGUUGUUUGCAACCAUCCGUCAAAUGUUAGAAGAGACCAACAUAACUCCAGCUGAUGUUGCUGAAAACUUGAUGCCAAAGUCGGACGAAGAGAAUGCUAAUGUUUGCUUUAACAACUUGAUCAAAGCAUUGGAGGAAGCAAAAGAAGAAGCAAGACUCAAAGCUAUAGAAGAUGCCAGGAUUAAAGCAGAGGAGGAAGCAAAGAAAAAGAGUGAAGGAAACAGUAAAAAAGUUAAAGACAGUGAUGUAAAAUUGGCUGAUGAAGAAGGAAAGAAGGUUGAUAAGCUACAAAACGGUGUGGUUAGUGCAUGAUCGAAUACGUACAAAAGUUGAACAAAUUCAAAGAUUUGGUUGUCUGUAAUAUUGUAUAUAUUGUAAUUAGAAUAAAAGAUUUAGUUUCAGUUGUUUGUAAUAUUGUAUGUAUAUUAGUUAUUUCACAAUUGGGCGUGUUUGAUUGGUAGUCAACAAGUGAAUAAAAAGAUUGAUUGGUUUGAAGUUUAA